AUUUGUAAUGAUGAUGUGAUAUUGUGGCAAAAUCGUGGCAUAUUCAUCACGGAACAACUGAGAAUUCGCAUUGGCGCUGGUGAGCAUUGGUCCUGGGAGUGGUCCGGUUCCACGAAGGUUCAAGUUGGCUGGUGGUGGUUGAUCACGAAGACGAGUGGUCUUGAGGUCAGAAGCACUCACGUAUCCGGUUUGAGAGUUUUGUGGUUGGUCGAACAACGUGUAGGUACGUCCGGUAUACGCAUUGCCGGUUCCAAUAUUGUUGGUACCUGAUGAAGUCGGGGACAUGGUAGAGGUGUAGAUGUUGGAAUUCUGAUCACGGAGCACUGGGUUGGAGCUGGAAGAUCCUGCUGGAGCAAAUUGGCCAAAGGGAUAGAUGUAUGGCUGAGGGUUUGUUGGAGCUGGAAAGUUAUUUUAUAGAGCUUUGUUGCUAUUGGUGAUUUUAUGGGCUCUGUGAGGAGUGGCAUCACUGCAGUCCGUCGCCACUUUCAUUUGCUGCUGACGAUAUGCUGCCUAAUGUUGAUUUUUCGAGAUGUCCCACGUGUUUGGAGGAUUAUGACGACAACUCUCAUCGUCCUUGUGUUGGAUUUUGUGGUCAUUCGAUAUGUUUGAAGUGCCAAUCAAAAAUUGUAAGCUGUCCCCUCUGCAAACGCAAGAAUGCAUUUUUCGGAACCGUCAUUAACUACCAGCUACUAGAUUCCUGCUUGGCAAUCCGACAACUUCUGAACGAACCAAUGAGCCCUGUCCCAGGCGCCAAAUCGCCGGUUCGUGGGCGAGCGACGAGCCAGAAAAGAGCCACGGAAACGCCAAAUAUUUCGCAACAGGUUGUAAAUGCUACCCGACGAAGUCGACGAACUGCAUUAGAGACUGCUGUUGACAAAACUCAACAAAGAGAAAUUGAGAACAAUUGGAUCUCUCAGCAUAUUCCGGCACCAGAGUCCCGCCGAAGAGAUCGGUCUUUAAGACGACUUUCAGAAAGAAUUGUGGGAUCAGAUCAUAUUCCCGCGGUGUGCUACAGAACGAUCUACACACUCCCGCCACCAGAGAACUUCGCCGCCCAGGGGGUUCCGUCCGCCUUCAACCGAAUGUUCUUCGGGCGUUCCUGCUUCGAAAUCUAACUAUUACUUCAUUUGUCUGUAUUUGACUAACCAUGUCCUUGUCACUCUGAAUAAACGCUU